GUAUUACUUAUCUAAAAAAUCACUUCCAGAAAAAUUCUGGCUUGAUCAAAAGGAAGAUGAUAAAAAAUACAUGAAGAGUCUACAGAAAACAGCAAAAAUCAUGGCACACUCUCCUACAAAAACAGCCAGUUACUCAGUAAAGUGGAAGAUAGAAGAAAAAGAGCUGUUUGAACAAGGGCUGGCUAAAUUUGGCCGAAGGUGGACCAAAAUUGCAAAGCUAAUUGGAAGUCGCACUGUUUUACAAGUUAAGAGUUAUGCCAGGCAAUACUUUAAAAAUAAGGUAAAAUUAGAUGGUCCAGAGAAGGAAACACCAAAUGAGAAGAGCAGCAGUGACCUUCAGAUUAAAAAUGAAGAUGAAGGCACAAAGGCAUGGACGCCAUCAGAUUUAAGGGGACGUGCUGAUCCCAACUUGAAUGCUAUAAAAAUUGAAAAGUUAUCUGAUGAUGAAGAAGUAGACAUCACAGAUGAGGCAGAUGAGUUGACUUCUCAAGCUCCCCAAAAGAAUCCUAGCAAUGAUGUCUUACUAAACAUUCCUAAUAGUAAAAGUCAUGAAACCAGUCAAGGGGAAUUUAUUGCUUCCAACCAGGAAGAUUCUGUAUCUGAAUCUUCCAAAGAGUAUUUUCAGAAUAUAAAGCAGGGAGAAAUGGAAGCACUUUCAAGCUCAGGAAGUAAAUUUUGGACUGAAAAACAGAGCGUUAGUGACAAAAAAUCAGCUGAGUUAAAUGAUCAGAAAUGUAAUAAACUGAUGAAAAACUCUGAAAAACAUGAUGGAAAUGGAAUAAUAGAUGCUGCCAGGCCAUUGCCUUCUCCAGAGCCUUGUGAAGUUCAGGAAGACUUGAGUGAUACUGAAGUGCUUUUUCAUUCUUCCUGUCAAAUGGAGGAGAGCCAUGAGGAAGAAGAGCUGAAGCCACCAGAACAAGAAGUAGAAAUAGAUAGAAAUACCAUUCAAGAAGAAGAAAAACAAGCAAUUCCUGAGUUCUUUGAGGGGCGCCAAGCUAAAACACCAGAACGCUAUUUGAAAAUUAGGAAUUACAUUUUGGAUCAGUGGGAGAUAUGCAAACCGAAAUACUUAAAUAAGACCUCAGUACGUCCUGGCCUGAAGAACUGUGGGGAUGUUAAUUGUAUUGGACGGAUUCAUACAUACCUCGAGUUGAUAGGAGCAAUCAAUUUUGGAUGUGAACAGGCUGUGUACAACAGGCCACAACCAGUUGACAAAGGACGAGUCAGAGACCGAAAAGCUACAGGGGAAGCGUACCGGCUUGCACGGCGCCUGCAGUCUGCGCGCACAAGGAGACGUAGGGUCCGAGACCCAUGGGGAAAUUGGUGUGAUGCAAAAGACUUAGAAGGACAAACCUUUGAGCAUCUCUCUGCUGAGGAAUUGGCAAGAAGAAAAGAGGAAAAAUGUAAACCUGUUAAAUCCUCAAAAGUACCAAGACCAACAAAAAGCUCAUUUGAUCCCUUCCAACUGAUACCUUGUAAUUUUUUCAGUGAAGAAAAGCAGGAGCCAUUUCAGGUGAAAGUGGCUUCAGAAGCACUUUUAAUAAUGGAUUUGCAUGCUCAUGUUUCUAUGGCAGAAGUGAUUGGUCUAUUAGGAGGAAGAUACUCAGAAGUUGAUAAGAUAGUUGAAGUCUGUGCAGCAGAGCCAUGUAACAGUCUGAGUACAGGACUGCAGUGUGAGAUGGAUCCUGUCUCACAAACACAGGCCUCAGAGACCUUGGCUGUGAGAGGUUAUAGUGUUAUUGGAUGGUAUCAUUCUCAUCCUGCCUUUGAUCCAAAUCCUUCCUUACGAGAUAUUGACACUCAAGCCAAAUACCAGAGUUACUUCUCCAGAGGCGGUGCAAAGUUCAUUGGAAUGAUUGUUAGUCCUUAUAAUCAGAGCAAUCCUUUACCUUAUUCCCAGAUUACCUGCCUGGUUAUAAGUGAUGAAAUUAGCUCAGAUGGCUCUUACCGUAAGUUUUCAACAAAAACAACUUCA